AUGAGCUGGUGGAGCUUCUGGAGUCGAAGGAGUGAUUCCAAGGAAGAAGCCACGAGUGACGACGGCAACAGAGAGGCCAAGGCAGACAAGAAAGCCGAAAUGAAAUCCUUCACUGCAGCAGAGCUGGCCCAGUUUACUGGCGAGAACAGUACACCAAUCUACAUGUCUGUGAAAGGUAAAGUCUAUGACUGCACGGGCGGGGCCGCCUUCUACGGUCCUGGCAACUCGUACGCGGUAUUUGCUGGGAAGGAGGUGUCACGCUGUCUCGGCAAGAUGCUGAUCAGUGACGAGGAGGCAAAUGCGAACUGGGACGACCUCACUCCAGAGCGCAUGCAAAGCCUUGAUGAGUGGGCGGCAAAGUUCGACAGCAAAUACCCUGUGAUUGGCGUCUUUGUUCCGGAUGAGGCGUACUAUGCGCGACAGAAGAUGCUCACACCGUAA